AUGUCGCGCAGGCCCUACUACGGAAGAUUCACACGUCCGUCUUCUGAGUCUCCAGUCGGCGACAAGGACGUAAUAGAGGAGAAGUCAUUCAGGCGCACUGCCAAUGUCUACGAUGCAGUAGCAGGACGUGUCACGCAAGCUGGAUUACUUGGCAACGUCAAGGACGUGAAAGGCUCUCGACAACCCCUUCGACCAGAUGAGGUUCUUUUCAAGCAGGCCAACGCGCCGGUCCGGUACGAGGAAACUGACUACUACAACGCUCAUGCCCAACUGCCAGCCGAUCAGCAGCUACCAGGUAGCGAGCUUCUGACCGCGAUUCAUGCGUAUGUGUCGAAGCUGUAUUCGCGAACUUCUGAAGGCGAUGGCCAGCUUGCCUGGAAAUGCAUGGAUGAGACUGCACUGAUCGCCUUUGGCAUCCUUAUGGAAGAGACUGCGAGAGAAAUACUUGGCGAGACAGGUGACUUCGCUUUCGUCGAAGCGGCCAACGAAGAGGAAGAGAAGCUGCUAGGUUUAAGGGACGAACAAGAGACCGAUGUGGAGAGCUCUAAAUCAAGGGAAAUGUCGAGGGAAGUGUCGAUCGAGGUGGACAGUGAGUCAAUGAGCGACGAUUCGCGUUACUCUUCAGAAGAGUCGGAUUGA